UUUAUCCUUUCUUUUCAUAAACCUCCUCUGAUGCUGAUUUCUUCUUCUUCAUCUUCUUCGCCGUUUUUCCCUUGAGUUGCUCGCUCACUGUUUACUGACUAUGGCAAAGGAUGGGAGUGGGAGUGUGGUCUCUUUGCAAAGGGAACUUAUAUUGACGAAUAUUGGUUAUUUGGCCGAGGACAUUGCAUUUACGAGCCAAAUGAUUUCUUGUGACCGUUUGCUUUUAGAAAAACUGGAGGAAAACAAAGUUGCACACAGGGAUACUUUAAGCGCGCUGAGUGCCCAUUGCAUGAGGUUGGAGGUUGUGAAGGGUAAUCUUCUCACUCAAUUGCAAUAUAAGAGACGCAUUAUCCAGGUUUUAAAUGCGAAAAAUGCUUCUCUGAGUGACACAUGCUGGACUCGGGCGAGUCGAAGUCAACUGAUUAUAAAUCAAAUCCGGAGCCUCAUAAAUGUAGAGGCACCAGGGCUGGAGCGUAUGCAACCGCUUUUAAAUCAAAUCCAGAGCUUGGUAAAUGCAGAGGCACCAGGAGAGGCAGCAGAGGCACCAGGAGAGGCAGCAGAGGCACAAGGAGAGGCAGCAGCAGAUUGUUUUUCAUAUUUUUGAAAAGCACAAGCAGAAGGUUAUUAAUUGAAAUCAGAGGCAAAAUAUGAAGUCUUUUUGUUCACACAGGCCCAAGUUACAUUUUUUUUUUUCUUUAACACUUGCCAACGAACAUCUCUUUACUUUACUGCAUCUGAAACUUGGGUUUUGGAAAUAAUAAGUACACUGCUAGACUGUUCA